UCUCCCCCAAAUUGUUCGUGUUCUUCUGAUUUCUCAGGGCAUCUCCUCAUGGCGGUCACGUCGCCUUCCUCUCCCCGAAUCCUAGACUCAAACGCCGACGCUGGCAACCCACCGUCCUCCGCCCUCUCCGAUUCGUCCUCCAUCACUCUUCCCCCAGCCGUCUCUGCUCCCGCUUCUGUUGAACCCCCCGCCUCCAACCCUUUCAACUCAAUCCCUAAUCCUGCGCUAGUCGCUCCUCCUCCUCCUCCUCCUCCGGCCGUGCACUCUUUCGCUCCUCCGUCUUUCCGCCCCCUAGCCGCUCCUCAUGUUCUUCAGUAUUCCGCGGCAAAUAACCCGAUGGCACAGAACCCUGCUUUUCUGAUGGGGCAAGCCCCAGGCAUCCAUCCGCCGGGCGUUUCUGCCCCUGCUUCGGGCAUGCCUCCUGGGGCGCCCCCGGGCUCGGUUCCGCCGCUACGGCCUGGCGUUCCCUAUCAAGUUGCUCCAGGCCAGACUCCAGCGCCGAUGUCUUAUGCCCAAGUUGGAAAUGGGUAUAUGGCUGUACCUCCUCAGGUUCCGAUGGCGAUGCCUCCACCGGCCUCGUCCAAUGGUUAAAGGUGAAAUGAUCAACAGGCUUCCUCUUCCAGUUCUUAAAAGAUGACUUCCAGUUACUUUGCGGAUCAUGUUAGCAUCUCUGCUGGUUGCAUCAUUUUACUGAGGUACUAAAAUCUCCUUCAUGUAUUUGGUGUUGUUGUCAUUCUUAAGUGAUUUUUGUGUACUCAAGCCAUUCUUUUUUUCCCCUCAAACAAUCUAGUUUUCAUUGUUCUUAGUAGGCUAAGAUGUAGUGAUACAAUUUUAGUGCUAUCAAAAAUUGAAUAGCAUAUUGACUUGAUCGUGAGCUCAGAAAAUUUAUUUCAUGGUGUUACUUCUGAAGUUUAUAUUGGAGGAUGUAGAUGAGGUAAGAUCAAUUUCACAUAUUUCAUUUUUUAUGAACAAUUUCUGUUUAUCUGAAUGUUCCCUCAGGUUUGCCACACAGCUGCUGGUAUUUGCUAUCUUUGUGGUGAGAUCCCUUGUAUGUUUUUAUUGUGUGGUAAACAACUUUAAUUGUUAUUGUUGAUUUAUUCAGAUCAUAAGAUAGUAUGGUGUGAUUUUUUGUUAACUGCAUUAGCAAGUUAAGGAUCCCAUUUGACAUGUUGGCAUAGAUAUUGUUUGUUAUUCUACAGGAAUGCACCGCUAUCCAGCUCCUUACCAGAUGAUUCGCCCUGGAUUUCCUCUGCACCAUAUGCCCCCAACUGGUGUGAUGCCAGCAGUGCCCCGACCUCCAAUUCCAGGUAUUCGAGGUGUGCCACCUGUAGCCACUCCUAUUGUCCGGCCUUUUAUUCCAGUUGUUGCGCCAGUAGAGAAGCCACAAACUACUGUUUAUGUUGGCAAGAUUGCCGCGACAAUAGAAAAUGAAUUUCUCCUUUCAAUUCUCACACUUUGUGGACCUGUAAAAAGUUGGAAACGGGCUCAAGAUCCUUCUGAUGGUACGCCUAAGGCCUUUGGAUUUUGUGAAUUUGAGUCUGCUGAAGGAGUUCUUCGUUCCUUACGCUUGCUGAGCAAAUUAAACAUAGAUGGACAAGAAUUGAUGUUGAACAUUAACCAAGCCACUAGGGAAUAUCUUGAGCGUUAUGUUGAAAAGAAAGCUGAAAAGGAGAAGCAGAAAGAAGCAGAAACUGGAACUCCUCCAAUCGAAAAGGAUAGUAGAGAAGGUUCUGAAAUGCAAGAGCAGCCUACAAAGCCAGUUGAAGAGGGAAUUAAAAAGGACCCUGAAGAUUCUGAAGAAAAAGAAAACCAAGUGGGAAACAAGAAAUUUGGUCUAGUCACAGAGGAAGACCGUGAGGCUGAUUCAGAUGCUCUAGAAAAGCUUAUGGGAAUGAUUGAAGAGAGAUUAAAGAACAGACCAUUACCUCCACCUGUGCUUGUCGAUGGGUCUGCUAAAUCUACUUCUGAUAUACCUUCCAAAUCUAGGGAUGUGGAUUCUGAUGUUGAUAUAAUGAAAAGCGAUGUUGAAGAUAAAAAUGAUGAGGAUACUACAAGUGAAAACAAACCAGCAACUGAAAGUGACAAGCCUGAGACUGCCUCACCUGAUAGAUCCAGGAGACAUGAUAAUAGGAGCAGAGAACGAGAUAGGGAGCGUGAACUGAAACGGGAAAAAGAAAGAGAGCUAGAGAGAGUUGAGCGUGAACGAGAAAGAGACAAAGUUAGGAGGGAAAGGGAAAGGGAAAUGAAAUUAAGGGAGGCAGAGCGAUUGUAUAAGGACCGUCUUAAAGAAUGGGAAGCUAGAGAGCGUGAGAGAGAAUACCAGCGACAAUAUGAAAAGGAACGGGAGAAAGAAAGAGAUCGGGAACGAUGGAAAGACAUAUUGCGCCAAGAAGAUGAAAGUAGUGAUGAUGAUGAUGACUCGAGAAAAAGAAGGCGCAGAACCAGUUUACUGGAGGAAAAAAGAAGAAAGAGACAGCGUGAAAAGGAAGAGGAUUUGGAAGAUAAAUUGAAAGAAAAGGAAGAAAUUGCUGAAGCCAAGAGGAGGGCAAUAGAGGAACAGCAACUUAAACUUGAGGUAAAGCAACUAAAAUCUGAUUCGAAAUCACUUGAUCGGGUUGCCCAUGAGGAUGAAAAUGCUAUGCAAGAAGAUGAAAUAUUUGAACGAAAGCCAACUCUGGCCAACCAUGUCAAUGAUAUUCCUAGAAGUGGUCUUAAUGAAGCAGAUGGCAUUUCUAGAAACAGCAGUGGUGAUGAACUGAAUAUGAUGGCUCCAAUUGCAGUUUCUGACAAAAAACAGAACAAUAAUGCUCCAGCCCGAAAGCUUGGAUUUGGGUUAAUUGGCUCAGGAAAACGUACAACUGUGCCUUCAGUUUUUCACGAAGAGGAUGAUGAGGAUGUGGAUGAUAAAAAAAUGAGGCCUCUUGUGCCAAUUGAUUAUUCGACCGAAGAAUUACAAGCUGUCCAGACAAAUGCAUCUGGAGCGCAACCAAAUUUGGUAGCUGCUGCUGAAUUUGCCAAGCGCAUAUCUGGUGUCAACCCAAAAGAUGAGAAGGCCGAUGUAGAUAGGGAAAGGAGCAGACGUUCUAGUGACAAACAGAAUUUGAGAGAACAAGGUCGGAAUGAUGAUGAAAGCAGCCGUUCAAAAGAUGAAAGCAAGGCAAAGAUGCAUGAUAGGAAUAUGGAUAGGGUAAAAAGCAGAGGAGAUAAACCAAAAGCUGAAAACAAGAAACUAUUGGAUGCCAAGCAGCUGAUCGAUAUGAUUCCAAAAACAAAGGAAGAUCUGUUUGUCUAUGAAAUCAAUUGGGAUGUUUAUGACAAGCAUCAAUUGCAUGAGAGGAUGAGACCUUGGAUCUCAAAGAAGAUUACAGAGUUCCUUGGAGAAGAGGAGGCCACUUUGGUUGACUACAUUGUUUCGUGUAUUAAAGAUCACGUGCAAGCAUCGACAAUGCUAGAAAUGCUUCAGUCUAUAUUGGAUGAUGAGUCAGAAAUGUUUGUCCUCAAAAUGUGGAGGAUGCUGAUUUUUGAAAUUAAGAAAGUUGAAUCAGGCUUAUCAAUGAAAUCCAAGUCCUAGGUUACAGGGUUUUUUUUUUUCCUUUUUCUCUCAGCGUAUCCUGCCUGCCAAAUUUUCUUUAAUGUGAAAGGUCAGUGACUGUCUAAGAACAAUAUUUUGAGAGACCUUGUUAUUUGGUGUAAAGGUUAGUGACUGUAGUCAAUCAAUCAAACACAAGGAUUAUGGAUUGAUUUAAAAUUCACAUUUUUUCUAUUUAUUUGUUAAAUUUUAGCUCCA